ACCGGAGGCCGGGAAGCGGCUCCCUGCACCGGCUUGCCUGGCUCCGGGAGUAAGCUGCUGAAGCUGCGGUGGGAGGCGGCCUCAAAGCGCCCUGGGCAGGAUGCACCCGGCUGUGGCUCUGGGGCUGGUUUUUAGCGGCUGUUGCAGCAACGUGGUUUUCCUGGAGCUCUUGGUCAGGGAACAUCCAGGAUGCGGGAACUUAAUCACGUUUGCUCAGUUCCUAUUCAUAGCCAUUGAAGGCUUUAUUUUCGAAGCCAACUUUGGAAGGAAACGGCCUGCUAUACCACUCAGGUUCUACUUGACCAUGGUGGCCAUGUUCUUCACGGUCAGCGUGGUGAACAACUACGCCCUCAACUUGAACAUCGCGAUGCCGCUGCAUAUGAUAUUUAGAUCGGGGUCUUUGAUAGCAAGUAUGGUGCUGGGAAUUGUUAUUUUGAAGAAAAGGUACAGUGUCUCCAAGUACUCCUCCAUAGCCCUGGUGUCUGCCGGCAUCUUCACCUGCACCUUCAUGUCUGCAAAGCAAGUGAGUUCUGAUUCGAGCAGAAGCGAAGACGAAGACGGCAUCUCUGCUUUCUUGUGGUGGCUGCUAGGCAUUGCGGCGCUGACAUUUGCCCUCCUGAUGUCGGCCAGGAUGGGGCUCUUCCAGGAGACGCUGUAUGAGCGAUUCGGCAAGCAUUCGAAGGAAGCCCUAUUCUACAACCAUGCGCUACCACUCCCCGGAUUCUUUCUCCUGGCUCCUGACAUCUACAGGCACGCAGUUCUCUUCAACCAGUCCGAGCCAUUCCAAGUCCCGGUGUUGGGACUGAACUUGCCCAUCCUGUGGUUCUACCUCAUCAUGAACAUUAUCACUCAAUAUAUUUGCAUACGGGGCGUCUUCAUCUUGACCACCGAGUGCACCUCCCUAACCGUCACGCUGGUGGUGACGCUGCGGAAAUUUGUCAGCCUCAUCUUCUCCAUCCUGUACUUCAGCAACCCCUUCACCACCUGGCACUGGAUAGGGACUCUCUUGGUCUUUGUGGGGACUCUGAUGUACACCGAGAUAUGGAACAGUCUGGGACCUCGGGUGGAUCCGGAGAAGAAACCGGACAAGAAACAGGAGUGAUUCGGGUCCCUACCGGAACGCUCACAACCGUUGCCCAAACAGAACUUCUCCCUUUCUUUUCCUACUGAGGAAUUUCUAUAGCACAGAACAACAGAAAAUUCCCUCCUUGUGGAAUUCUGGGAUUGGUUUUUGUAAUACAAAAAUGACUGAUCUUGGCUAUGCCAAGCAGCUGAGUGGGAGAGACCCCCGACAGUGGGGCAGAUGCUUUACAAUCCCCAAUGCCAGGGAUUUGAUUGUCACGGUUAUCUGACCCAGACAGGUCUGAUUCUGGAUUCACAUUUGUCCCACGACCGCCCGGUAGCCGCUUGCUACGGGGCCGGCUUCACGUCGUGUUUCUGCACAGCGAAACCUCAGGUUGAUCCCUAGCGUACGUGUUUUGCAUUGUCGAGUACAUUUGACCCGUGGCUUCGUAGCGUGAGAACUUAUGUUCACCGUGCUCUUGGACGGCAUUACUGUGGUUGCAGGUUGCAUCUCCGUGCUGCGGGAAGUGGGCACGGCAUCCCGGUCGAGGUGCCGUUUAGUGGCAGGAUAGGAAUUUGGGAGGUGCUUUUUGCCCGGCGGAUCGUUUUGGGUUGACCACGUACGUGGUUGCCGUUCUGGUGAACGUGCCGUCACAAAAUGGCUUCCGUCCAUAUGAGGGUAGCCUGUAUCUCCUACCCCUGUGGUUCCUGGGGUGGCAUUAUCUUUUUUGGACAUCGCUAUCUUAGGCCUUUCCCGGCACUCUUUCCCAGACCCUUCUAUAUCUCCAAAAACCUAGGGGUUCAUUUGUGUCAUUGAUGAGUGUAGAUCUUUCUCCUUACCACAUCUCCUGAUUUGUGGCGUAGUUUAGCCGUCCUUGAAAAUCCUUGAGUGGAACCAGACAGAUGUUAUGGCAGAGGACGGGGCUGCCCUACCAAACCACACACCCCUGCAUCUGCUCCCCACCCCCAAUCCAGUGGUGACCUAAUCCUCUGAGUUCCCUUGACCCUUUAACCAUAUUAUUGGAUGGCGGUAGGAGACUAUUCACUAUGGCUGUGGUGGCGAACCUUUGGCACU